GAGACAUUGAAAUAUUUUGGACACUGCGAAGGGAAUUGUAAAAUCAACAGGACUAUAAUUUAUAAAAAACUACUUAUACAUUUAAAGUAAUUACAUCUGCAGCAAACAUGGAACACAGUCAUAACUGUAAUAAUCGUAAUACAUGCUGCAGUAUAAAUAGCAAUAUCGGUGUCAGUCAGUCUCUUGUGGAAAUGGAGUUUGAACGUGGUAUAUGGUACGCCGCGCAAUAUAAUGAUUUGGAUCGUGUAAAGACAUUAUUGAAGAAAGGUGUUUUACUUAAUGCAGAAGAUUCUGCCGGAUAUACAGCGUUGCAUUAUGCAGCUCGAAAUGGACACUAUGAAAUUUGUAAUAUUUUAUUAGAAAAUGAUGCUGCAGUGAAUAUAAAAACACGUUGUGGACAUGCUACUGCUUUGCACAGAGCAGCUAUGCAAGGUCACUCGGAAAUUGUCGAACUAUUGUUAAGAUUCAAUGCAAACCCUAAUUUAAGGGAUGUUGAUGGCCAUACUGCUUUGCAUAGAGCACUUAUGGCACGCUCCAUAUCUGUUUGCAAACUAUUGAUACCAUGUACUAAUUUAUCAUUGCUGAAUAGUAACACGCAGAAUAUAGAACAGUUAGUAAAAGAAAAAUGUCCUGACAUUUUACCAUUUUUAGUAACAUAUAUGAAUAAAGAAAAGUAAGUAAAUAA